AUGCAAGCUCAGAAUAAAUAUGCUGAAUUCCUUGUGAUUCUGUUUGUGUUUAUAUCGUGUUUUUCUGUUGUAGUGAUUAAGAAGGUGGACUUCAACUGCUCGUCCAACAACAACGCCCAUCGCACCAUCGAGAUCACAACGAAGCAGCUGAUUGUGAGGCGGGGCCAGUCCUUCCUUCUGACCCUGGAAAUGGCGCAACCUUUCCAUAACCAUGACACACUAACCCUCGCCGUGGAGACGGGUCCUGCUCCAUCAGAACAGCGUGGGACCCGGUCUGAGUUUGGUAACCCGUCUCCUAUGUACGCCAGUGGCGUCAAGGCGAUAUGGAAGUACAAUAUCGACAAGAGCGCUAACCUGCAGAGGGGCAUCGUGACCCUGUCCGUGACCCCGCCGGCCGACGCUCCAGUGGGGAAGUACUCGCUGUCUGCGAAGACCGGGAGGGACAAGACACCUCUGGGAACGCUGGUGGUGCUCUUCAACCCCUGGUGCUCAGAUGAUUGGGUGUAUCUUCCUGAUGAGACAGAAAGACAAGAAUAUGUGAUGAACGAACAGGGACUUAUCUAUCGGGGAACGUCAACGUACCUCCGCUCUAUGGCCUGGGUCUUUGGACAGUUUGAGGAGGAAAUGGUGGACAUUUGUCUCAAGAUGUUGGACGUCAACCCAAAACACGCCAAAGACCCGGCUGAUGACGUCUCUGCUCGCUGUAACCCCAUCUAUGUCAGCCGAGUCGUCAGCGCCAUGAUCAACUGCAACGGUGAUCGAGGUGUGUUAGAGGGACGCUGGCAUGACGACUACCACGAUGGCGUAAGGCCCACCCACUGGAACGGCAGCGUCAGCAUCCUUCAGCGCUGGUAUCAAAACAACUGCCACCCAGUCAAGUACGGACAGUGCUGGGUGUACGCUGGUGUAAUGUGUACAGUGAUGCGGUUCCUGGGUAUCCCAUGUCGGGUUGUCACAAACUUCAACUCAGCUCAUGACACAAACAACAGCCUCACUAUCGAUAAGCACUAUGACGACUACGGACUACAAGACUCAAAGAGCCCAGACUCUAUCUGGAACUUCCAUGUGUGGGUGGAGGGAUGGAUGAAACGACCAGACCUCCAGAAAGGUGACAGAUAUGACGGCUGGCAAGUCUUGGAUCCCACACCGCAGGAAAAGAGUGGCGGUGUGUACUGCUGUGGUCCAGCCCCGGUCGCUGCCAUCCUCCUGGGCGACGCCGACGUACAGAAGUAUGACGUGCCAUUUGUCUUCUCUGAGGUCAACGCCGACAUUGUCAAGUGGAUGGGCAAAAGGAGAAUGCACUCCGACACCGCCUCAGUAGGUCGGAGCAUCUCUACCAAGACUGUUGGCUUGAACAGUAGAAGUGAUAUCACAAACAGCUACAAACACAGAGAAGGCAGUACAAAGGAGAGGGCCGUCUUCAAGCGUGCGUUCACCAGAUUAAACUCAAGAGAUGCUCAAGAGGAUUGUGAAGAGGAGGGGCCGCUAAAGGUGGAGAUGAAAAUCCAAGAGGACACCAACAUGCAGAGGGGUCAGGACAUUACGCUGAAGCUGAAGCUGACCAACAAAGAUCGUACCAGUAAGACAAUGUCCAUCCGUGUCAAUGCCCAGCCCAUGAUGAACAACGGCAAACCAGCACGCAACAUCCAGAGCACAGCCCAAGAGAGGAUGAUACUGCCUGGACAAGAUGUGAUCCUACCUUUCCAGAUCCCAUUCUCAGUCUACAGUAAAGCCAUGGCGGGCUGUGACAGUAUGAAGGUGUCAGCCGUGGCCAUUGACAAACACCAAGAUGAUGACAUCUAUGAGACUGAGACCGACAUCGCCUUGGAGGACCCUCCCAUCUCCAUGAAGGUUCUGGGCGAAGCCCGUCUGAACCGUACCAUGACCAUGGAGGUGGAAUUUAAGAACCCACUCAAUGAGACGCUGAGAAACUGCUCUCUGACCGUCAUUGGAAGCGGCCUUUUCAAAUCAGACCACGUGGAAAGCAAUUUUCGUGAGCUGGCGCCAAACGCCACGCUGAGGCUGAAGAUCAUAACGACGCCCUACAGGGCCGGAGUGAAGAUCUGGGUGGCCGACUUCGACUGCGACGCCUUCAGGGACGUAAAGGGAAGCUGCAUCGUCGACGUCAAACCCUGAAGCUCUGACUACACUCCCAACUUCCUGUACGCCUCGUGAUUAAGGCUAAAAUAAGCAGGAUGUUUAUCAUAUGACUUAUUAUCAUUAUGAUGUGGUGAAGGGCUUUUUCGACAUUUAAAAAGGUACGCCCCCCUUGUGGUGUUCGUCACCUAAACAUGUGGAUCAUUGUAGUGUAACAAAUAUGUUGAAUGCAUUUUGUUUUAGCUGAUUAACUGAUUUUCAUAAUAAAUUAAUAAUUUAUGUCUAAUAUCAUAUACAAAAUUUGACGGUUGGUUGGGUUUCUGGGAAUAUUUUGAUAAACAUUUUUCACUAUUUUAUGACAUUUUUUUAAUUUAAUCUAAUCAAACUUGAGUUUAACAAUUGUAUUUCCUUCAUUUUUGAGUUUGACUACAAUUUAUAUUUUGGAUGUAAUGAUUCUAAUGACUUUUCAAACUAUAUUUUCACAGCACUAGUUUGUAUGGAAGUCUUUAUAUGUUUAGCAGUUUUAGGUCACAUUAAUUAUUUUAUUAACUUACAAACUCAAAAGGAAGUCAUGCAAGGCUGAUAAGAAAUGUCUGAUGAUCUAUAGGCAUAUUUACCUUUAAAUAUGUAAAAUAUAUCUGUAAAAUCAUGACUGUAAUUGUUGAAAUAUUCAAUCUUAGAACAUAUAAAGAGUUGUUUGGUGGUGGAUUUUACAUCGGUUUAAUAAAGUUAGUUUUCAUCCA